UUGUCUGAGGUUGUUUUGGCUUCAGACUGACACAGAGACGACGACACGAACACAGAAAACUCAGCAAGUGUCUGACAUUUACCCUGUUUUAGGCCGGUGCACUGUUUAUUCGUGAGGUUGUAAGUGUGUUAUAAAACCGACCGCGAUGCCGUCCGACAGACCCUUCAAACAAAGGAGGACAUUUGCUGACCGGUGCAAAGAGGUCCAGCAGAUCCGUGAGCAGCACCCAAACAAGAUCCCUGUGAUCAUUGAACGGUAUAAGGGAGAGAAGCAGCUGCCUGUUCUGGACAAGACCAAGUUCCUGGUACCGGACCACGUCAACAUGAGCGAGCUGGUCAAGAUCAUCAGGCGUCGGCUUCAGCUCAACCCCACCCAGGCCUUCUUCCUGCUGGUCAACCAGCACAGCAUGGUGUCGGUGUCCACCCCCAUCUCUGAGAUCUACGAGCAGGAGAGGGACGAGGACGGCUUCCUCUACAUGGUCUACGCCUCCCAAGAAACCUUUGGCUGCUAGGGAGGGAAAGGGGGGAGGGGGAGGGAAAGGGAGGGGGGAGGGAGGACCGGUGGUAACCUUUGGAUGCGGCGUGGGGGGGUGGGGGCGCUGGAAGGGGGAAAUGGAGGUGCACGGUGCAAGAACCAAUCAGAAAGCACCGGUGUCUGUGGUCCUGUCCACUGUGUUGCUUUGCAGGCCCAGGUAGCACCCCCACCCCCCGUCAGUCUGGUGUGGGACAAACACCCCCCCAGCCCCCGUAAACGUAAACUUCAUGUUGGUCAGUAAGUUCAACGCUAGCGUCUGAGGCCAGAGGGCGGAGUCAGAGCUGUGAUGUCUGAGUGUUCCUGCUUUAGUUUUUCUGUUUGGUUCGGUUGCACACAGACUGCACACUUCUGUCCUUCAGUGGGUUUGGGCUGGACGCUCCGACUCCAGCCGGACCGUCCAACUCCAGCGCUGUCGGCUGACCUUUGGACCUUCAGACGUCAGGACAGACAUAGAAGUCGUUGCUUGUGCAGUCCACCACUUUAACUCCACUAGUUCAGAUUCCUUUUCCCAUUAUUACAAUGACUGUUGAACAAAACCCACUGGUAGUGAUUAUAAUUUGACCUUUUUAUUUUAUUUUUUUUUUAAUUAUCGCCUUUUAUUUGAGAUAUUGGCUGUAGUUUAGUUGGUGUUCAACUUGUGUGUUUGUUUAAAUCAUACCUGUACCGUCAGCCCCGCCCACCUGCUCCUGCCCACCCAGUCGCUGACAAUCGGGCUCCAAAAAAAUUACCAUAACCCUCAGAUUUCGGAGCGUUGACGGUAAUUUUCCACGUGCAAUAUUAGUCCCUUCACACUACACAUCGAACGCACCUGAGCGCAGUGCUGCUCGCUAACGCUGCGUAUCGUGUAUAUAUAUAUAUAUAUAUAUAUAUAUAUAUAUAUGAGUUAACACCGGUCUGUGCUCCACACUACUUCACUCACUCCCCUGUAAAGCUCCUGUCAUCUACGAACCACGCAGUCGCAGAAGGGAAGUUCGCAUUAUCGCAUCCAGACACACGUACUGCGACAGUUGCUCGGGCAGUUGGUGUGUUUUUGGCUCAGAAGCACAAAUAUUCACCGGUUAGUUUUUCCUGCACAUGCGACCAUUGAACAUCAGCCUCUGGCCAGUAGAUCUAAAGGCCUGGUCAGUAGAUCUAAAGGUCAGUAGAUCUAAAGGUCAGUAGAUGUGGUCAGUAGAUCCAACUCCACUCUUCCGACACAGAGGACAAACUCAACGCUUUCUUUCUUUUUGUACGCUUGGUUUGACAGAAGGCAGUUUCAGAUGGAUUCAGUGUUUUCUAUCUGGGCGUCAAAUACCAGAACCUAUAGAUGUUCGCAGUCGUCUGUAGCUCAAACCGAAACUGAUGAACGACAGCGCAGGAGGGGGCGGCGUCUCCACAGAACAGCUGACAGGACGGGAUGCUUUUGUUUGGUUUCUGCAGGUACAGACGGACAGACAGACAGACUGAGCUCAUGUGUGCGUCUGGAGCUGACGCAGCCUGCAGGAGGUACCAGAAUCCUGCAGGAGGUACCAGAAUCCUGCAGGAGGUUCCAGAAUCCUGCAGGAGGUACCAGAAUCCUGCAGGAGGUUCCAGAAUCCUGCAGGAGGUUCCAGAAUCCUGCAGGAGGUUCCAGAAUCCUGCAGGAGGUACCAGAAUCCUGCAGGAGGUACCAGGAUCCUGCAGGAGGUACUAGAACCCUCCUGAGGCGUUGGUGCUGAGCUGACCCCAGGCCAUGCUUUCAGAUGCUUGAUUCACUGUGAGGUCCGCGUCUCCUCCCUGGAGCCACCCGCGUCUCCUCCCGGAGCCGUUGGUUGGUCCACUGUGAGGCCCGUGUCUCCUCCCUGGAGCCGCCCGCGUCUCCUCCCUGGAGCCGUCAUCUGUGUCUCCUCCUGGAGCUGUCGGUUGGUCUAGUUUGAGGCCCGCGCCUCCUCCCUGGAGCCGUCGGUUGGUCCACUGUGAUGCCCGCGUGCGUCUCCUCCCUGGGGCUGUCGUCUGCAUCUCCUCCCUGGAGCCGUCGGUUGGUCUAGUUUGAGGCCCGUGUCUCCUCCGUGGAGCUUCCCGUGUCUCCUCCCUGGAGCCGUCGGUUGGUCUAGUUUGAGGCCCGUGUCUCCUCCCUGGAGCUUCCCGUGUCUCCUCCCUGGAGCCGUCGGUUGGUCUAGUUUGAGGCCCGUGUCUCCUCCCUGGAGCUUCCCGUGUCUCCUCCCUGGAGCCGUCGGUUGGUCUAGUUUGAGGCCCGUGUCUCCUCCCUGGAGCCGUCGGUUGGUCUAGUUUGAGGCCCGUGUCUCCUCCCUGGAGCCGUCGGACAGGUUGCUUUGUAAGAUUGCCACGUGUGUGACGGUAGCAUAGACGUUAGACCUAAUAAUAAAAUGUAUUUAAUGUAGGAAAACGAAUGAGCUUCUUUUGCACAUAAAUUAAUAGAACUAUUAAAAAAGGGUUGAAUUUUUGUAGGACUUCCUGUAUCUAUAUAAGAGUUCUGUGUUGUUUUUUUAUCUGCUUCCUGUCGGUGUCCAGCGCUGCUGCUCUGUACAUUCGUCUGCCUUUGUUUAAUCAGACUUUAUAGACAUAAACUGGUUGUCAUGCACUACAAACUUUGCAUGUUUUGACUUUUUUUUUUUUUUUUUUUUAAAUUAAUGUAUAUUGAUUUUGCGCAGUAGAAGUGAUGGUUUUGUCUCUUUUGGAUGUGUUCCCAUACCAAAAACUCUAAGUGUAUGUUUGAACCCACCCAUGUGUGUAUAAAGGAUCAUAUAAUCAGCUGUAUAUUCCACAGACUGUUUUUCUUUAGGCUUUCUGACAUGCUCACUGUUUGGAGGGGUGUAUAUAGACGCAUUGCUACAACCUUCAAGCAUUUGCCAAUUAAAAAAAGUUGCCUUUA